AUGCGCAGGUAUCCGCUGCCGUACUGGGCAUUCGUGCCGACGUUAGGCGUUUGGCCGGACGCUCGGUCCCGCGACGGGACUGUAGCCACCGUCCCGUUGCCGCCCGCGUCCGGAGCCAUCGCCGUGAACUUGGCCAACGGCGAAGUAUCCGUGAAGGAUGUCCGAUCGGAAAACGCGGAAGCGGUUCCCCCGAUGCAGCUAUUGCAGAUGGCGGUCAGGCGGCAGCACCCGAAUACGCCGAGCAUCGGCGGCCCGAGUUGGCUGAAAAAGACCACUGCGGCGACGGCGACGGCGACGGCGACGACGACUACGACGACAACGACGACGAAAAAAUCGACGACGGAUCCUGCGACGCAGACCGGAGCGGGGGUCGCGUCGCACGGGGUCGCGAGACCUGUCACCAAAAUAUACUUGAAACCGUCGGCCAGGGCCAAGGCCGGCACCGGCGGCGUGGCCCUGUCUAACCCGAUAAGCACGGCCGUGGUCCGAAGGGGCGACACGGUAAGCAUCGAAUACUUACCGGACGCCACGGCGGAAGCGGGUGACGGCGGCGUGGCCAUAUCUCGACCCGAACUGGUCAUUCAUCUGGUCGACUAA